AUGAUUGAUUUACAAAGUAAUGAUGCACUGAAAAUCAAACAUCGUGAAGAGACUUUAGAUGAUUUUUAUAAAUUUCUCCCAGAUAUACAGUAUCCAAAUUUAAAAAAAUUUGCAAUAGAAUAUAUAUCUGUAUUUACUACGACUUAUUUGUGCGAACAAACUUUUUCUAAAAUGAAAUACAUCAAAUCGAAAUAUAGAUCGGCCAUGACUGACAAACACUUGGAGUCAAUUUUGAAAAUUGGAACUAGCAACAUACAACCUCAAUUCGAUCGAAUAUUAGCAGAAAAACAUCAAUUUCAUACUUCUCAUUAA